AAGACCUAAUGAGCUCCCCCGGGAGGCCGAGCAGCGAGCCGGCCCCGAGCGAGGAAGCUACCCCGCGCGCACCGCGCCAGGGCGGCAGCCGGGCCUGGGCGGCGGGCGGGAAGCGGCCGGGGGCGCACGGACCGCCCGGGAGCGGAGGCGAUGGCAGUCCAGGCGGCGCUCCUCAGCACGCACCCCUUCGUCCCCUUCGGCUUCGGGGGCUCCCCGGACGGGCUGGGAGGCGCCUUCGGAGCCCUGGACAAGGGCUGCUGUUUCGAGGAUGAGGAGACCGGGACGCCGGCGGGCGCGCUGCUGGCGGGCGCCGAGAGCGGGGAAGCGCGCGAGGCCACCCGCGACCUGCUCAGCUUCAUCGACUCCGCGUCUAGCAACAUCAAGCUGGCCCUGGACAAGCCCGGCAAGUCGAAGCGGAAGGUGAACCACCGCAAGUACCUGCAGAAGCAGAUCAAGCGCUGCAGUGGCCUCAUGGGCGCCGCGCCCCCGGGCCCGCCCUCCCCAGGCGCCGCCGACACGCCCGCCAAGCGGCCGCUCGCCGGCGCCCAGACAGUUCCGGUCCCGGCCCACGGCAAGGCGGCUCCCCGGCGGGAGGCGUCGCAGGCCGCGGCGGCCGCCAGCCUGCAAAGCCGGAGCCUGGCCGCGCUCUUCGACUCGCUGCGCCACGUCCCUGGGGGCGCCGAUCCGGCCGGGGCUGCGGAGGCGGCGCCCGCUGCCGGGCUCGUGGGCGGGGACGCGGCCGGCUCCGCGGGCGGCCCGGCGGUCCCCGGCGCCAGGAAGGUCCCGCUGCGGGCCCGCAACCUGCCGCCGUCCUUCUUCACCGAGCCGUCCCGGCCGGGCGGCGGCGGGUGCGGCCCGUCGGUGCCCGGCGUGAGCCUGGGCGACUUGGAGAAGGGCUCAGAGGCCGCCGAGUUCUUCGAGCUUCUGGGGCCCGACUACGGCGCGGGCACCGAAGCGGGUGCCUUACUUGGCGCGGAGCCUCUCGAUGUGUUCCCCGCCGGGGCCGCCGUCCUGCGGGGACCCCCGGAGCUGGAGCCCGGCCUGUUUGAGCCCCAGCCCGCGAUGGUGGGGAGCCUACUGUACCCCGAGCCCUGGAGCGCCCCGGGCGGCCCCGCGACCAAGAAGCCGCCCCUGCCCGCGCCCCGCGGUGGCUUGACCUUGAACGAGCCCUUGCGCUCCGUGUACCCCGCUGCCGCGGACUCUCCGGGCGGGGACGACGGGCCCGGCCUCUUGGCCUCGUUCGCCCCCUUCUUCUCAGACUGCGCUCUGCCCCCGGCGCCGCCGCCGCCGCCCCAACAGGUGUCCUACGACUACAGCGCGGGCUACAGCCGCACGGCGUUCGCCGGCCUUUGGAGGCCCGACGGGGCUUGGGAAGGGGCGCCCGGGGAGGAGGGGGCGCCCCGGGAUUGACUGCGCAGCACCCUUCUCCCCCAGUGGACACUGCGCUUGGGGCUCCCCGCUCUGGGUCUCUCUCGAGCCUAAAGAACGACCGUCACAUGCACGUGGAGUUGAAACGGGAUUUUAAAAAUUCGAUUAAUAAAAGAAACUUCAGAAAAAGAGAUGAAAAGGAGUUGCGGGUUGUUUUAACCACAGCCUCGUGUUUAAAAGCAAACAAAAAAAGCCGUUGAUAGGUUCUUACCGGAUCAGUUGAGCCAAGAAACCGAGACGGGAUCGGGGAAGAGGGUGGGGAUGACGGAAAGGGCAGGCGGUGGCUUCUGCAGCCCCCAGUCCCUUAGUCAACCUUUCAUCAGAAGGUUAGCGUGGUUAGUGUAACAGCCCCUUCCCGACAGUGCUCUGGGCUUUCCUUUCCUCCCCUUUGAGCGCGUUGUGCAUUAAAGUCUGUAUUGAAAAGAA